UCCGUAACCUAAUCGUGACCAUUUAAGAUGAUAAGAAUUUGAGUUCAUUUACUAAUGUAAUAUCAUUGAGUUUAGUGUUAGUAGAAACUCUUGAGGAUAACAGUAAACCAUGAUCAAAGAGGCAAUUAUCGUAACCGCAUUUUGUGCUGUCAGUGUUUGGUCGGCGACUGCACCCUCACCGGCGACGACAAAAGCGACACAUCAUCAUCACCAUUCGAGGGCAACGUUAGAACCAGCAGCGCACGAGUCGUUUAAAUUCGUCUACGAACCGCACAUGCAUAAGAUGGUGGUAGUUACCGGACAUGAAUGUUACGUCUUCUCUCUCUCAGACGCCGAACGAGCAGACGUACAUACAGACGCUGGUAUGAAAGCACUAGAGUUGAAGUUGUUGACAGCCCUCAGUACAAACGCGGUUGUUACAACAACGAAAGAAGAUUUGGAUGCUAAAGCCGCCCAUAUUUGUGGUCGUCAUAUUACAACAUUCUACAAGGAAGCAACUCCCUGAUUAUUGUACUGUCUAGAUAUGACAAAUUAAAAGAUUGAAAAGUUAUAA